AUGACAAAUGACAUUCAUCAAUAAGACAAUUUCUUUACUAACAAAUAAAUAUAUUAUUAAUUACAUAAGCGAUACCUGCGCAUUUAUAAAAUUUCAUUUAGUUUUAUAUAUUUACAAUACCCAAGGCAAUACCACUACGUUUAACGGUUAGAAAUUAAAUUUAAUAGAAUGUUGAAUAUUUUCGUGUUAAAACAUAAUGAAACCACCUAUUGAGCCAAAAAAGGAAGAUUGUUGUAAUAGUGGAUGUAAUCCAUGUAUAUUUGAUGUCUUUCAAAGACAGUUGGAGCAAUUUAAAAGGAGAAAAGAAGCCGGUGAGAACAUAAAUGAAUUGAAUGGGAUAUCUGAGCUUGAGUACACAUAUUUUAUUGUUACUGACAUUAUAAAAUUGUGUGAUUCUCAAAAAAUUCUCAAAUUUAAGCUAUUAAGUAAUAAAAAUAAUAUGAAAGUGCGAUGGAACCCCGGUGACCAUUUUCUUUUAAAAUAUAUUUGGGAUGAAAAUUCUUCUUCAUGUACAAGAGCAUAUACACCUAUCAAGUUGAAAGAGCAUGAAAAUGAAGAUUUUGAUUUUCUUAUUGUAAUUAAAAAGUAUAGAUAUGGAUUAGUAUCAAGCCAUAUUUUCAAUUUAGAAAUAGGGGCAUCAACAAUGUGGAGAGGGCCAUAUGGCCAUUUCAAAAUCGAAACAAACAAAUACAAUAGAAUCAUAAUGAUUGCCCAAGGCACAGGAAUAGCACCAUUUUUAUCUAUUAUAGACAAUAUUUUAAGCAAUGAAGAUGAUAUGACUAAAAUAUUUUUAUAUUACUGCUGCAAAAAUAUUGAUGAAGUUUUAUUUAGAAAUGAGUUGUAUCAAUAUAAUGCCUACUGGAAUUUCUCAUAUAAAAUAUUUUUGGGCAGCUGCUUAGAAAAAAGUUGUUCUCAUUUAAAAUACAAGGAACCUAUAUUUGUAAACAAGUUUGAUAUAAAAGAAUUAGACAAUCUAAAACCAUUCCUUAAUAAUCAAUUUCUAGUUUGUGGCUCCGAUCAAUUUAUGAAAGAGUAUGAAAAUAUUCUUAAAAAUGAAAAUUAUACUGAUAGCAUAACAUUGUUUUGACUAAGUGAGGGUAGCAUUUUUUUAU